AUGAGCAUUCGAACUGAGGAACAAGCCAUCCAUGACCGAAUCAACCUCCCUCGGAUGGUGCACAGACUCCAGAAAUCAGUCGACGAGGACACUUGGCCAGGGGCUUCUGACCGGGAGGCGUGGAUGAAGGUGCAGGGGAAACUACAGAACAUCAAACAUGCCAGGCUCCUUCUUAAGAACGUACGGGCAGACGAUCCAAACCCUGUGCCGCAUCUGCAGCAGAAGUAUGAUCGGUUUGAGAACGUGUUGGACCAGCUGCAACGCACUCUGUUGGAAAUAGAUGAGAGAGUCGCACCACCACCAAGGCGGCCGCGACCCAUCCUUCCUUCCUUGCCUCCCCCUUCAACGACAAAAGGGGAUUCGGGCGCAAGCGAACCUGCUGCUAGUCCAGGCGAUGAAGUACCGGCCGAGGAACCACCUUUAGUCGACAGCUUAAUACCUUCGUCAGAAGCUGAGCUGCCACCACCUUCCGAGUUAGAGAACUCGUUACUCCCUCCCACACUACCAGCUGCAACCUCAAAAUUGAAUGCCACACCUACGAUCAUCCAGAACUCUCGUGCUCGUCAGGAAGAGCUGUCAGAGCAGCUCGCUCUCAUGGCUACUCAGCUGAAGCGCAAUGCAACGCACUUCUCUGAUUCGCUCGAGAAGGACAAGUCAGCGGUAGAGGAUCUGCAGGAGAAGCUAGACUCGAAUUUUGACGUCAUGAAGAAAGAACGACUGCGCCUCCGCGAUUUCAGGGGAAAGAGCGGGAGUACGACGUGUUUGGUGAUUAUGAGUAUCAUUGCUGUCCUUGUUUCAUUCAUCAUGAUGGUGUUCUUUAUACGCGUGACUUGA